AUGGCGAAGAGGACGAAGAAGGUCGGAGUCGUCGGGAAGUACGGGACGCGUUAUGGCGCGUCUUUGCGUAAGGUGAUGAAGAAGGUGGAGCUGCAGCAGCACGCCAAGUACACCUGCCCCUUCUGCGGCAAGUUGAGUGUGAAACGCCAGGCUGUCGGCAUUUGGCAUUGCAGAGGAUGUUCUAAGACAAUGACCGGCGGGGCCUGGACUUUGCAAACAGCCGCGGCGGCGACAGUGCGUUCAACUGUGGCGCGUUUGCGCAAGCAGAUGGGCGAAUCCAAAUAA